AUGGCUUGUGGCCAGCCGAAGAAGAAGGCGGUGCCGACUCCCUCGGCGGUGAAUGUUAUCUCACCAUCAUCAUCUACCUCUCAAUCGAUCAAGGAGAAAAACAAAGAAGUGUUGAAGUCUGCUGAUGUGAAACCAUGGGUUGAUAUUAUCAAAGGGAAUCGUCUUGCCUCCAAUGGUCUUGCUCUUAAAUAUAUUGCACCUAUGGUGGAUACACAAGUUACUGCAGAGGAAAAUACAGGGAAGGUGACUGCAGCUGAGAAAAGUGUAGCGGAAACAAAUUUGGAGACAAAGAUCGAUCAUGAUAAGCAGAAAGAUAGUGAUGAGGACCCUAACCCUUGGACUAGGGAGAAGUCAACUUUUAAGCCUUAUAGGGAACUCAAGUUUGAUGACAAAGGGAACCCACCUAUGAAUUGCAUAAAUGGUUUUGGGAUCUUGGGAGUGGGGAAUGCUCCACAGUCAAUGAGACUUUGA